AAGAGGAAGAGGAGAGAGACACAGUCACAGAAGUGAAGCGACGUGACAGAGAGGAGAGACGCGUACUGCCUCUGAGGAAAAGCAAGGCACUGUACAAGGGAGCAGUGUACUGAGAUGGAUCCCAUCCUGGAGGAGGUCCUGAGUGGGGCCAACACUACUGGAGGCCCCUCCUUGAACCACAGCAACAACCCCCUGGACAUGUUCUCUGGCAUGCAGCUGCUGCUGCGCUUCAAGCCCCUCUUCCUGCCCCUCUACUGCCUCCUGGUGGCUGUGGCCGGCAUAGGCAACUCCAUCCUGCUGGCCUGUAUCCUGGCCGAUAAGAAGCUACACAACGCCACAAACUUCUUCAUCGGUAACCUGGCGGCUGGCGACCUACUGAUGUGUCUGACCUGUGUCCCUCUGACUGCCUCGUACGCCUUCGACAGCCGCGGCUGGGCCUUCGGACGCCCUCUCUGCCACCUGGUGCCGCUGCUGCAGGCCGCCACAGUCUUUGCCUCGGUGCUGUCCCUCACGGCCAUUGCUGUGGACCGCUACGUGGUGGUGGCCCACCCAGUGAGGAGGAGGAUCUCUGUCGGGGGCUGCGGCGCGGUGGCUCUGGGGGUGUGGGGGUUGUCUCUGGCCCUGGCUGCCCCUCCCUCCCUCCACACCCGCUACCUGGACCUGAGGCCCCGUGGGGUGGAGCUGGUGGUGUGUGAAGAGUUCUGGCCGAGCUCUGGCCAGCUCAGGCUGCUCUACUCCUGCUGUAUCCUGGUAGCCUCCUACAUGAUCCCUCUGCUGUCAGUCAGCGUGUCCUACUGUGCCAUCACAGUGCACCUGAGACGCCACACGCUGCCCGGAGAGCCCUCACACUGCCAGCAGCGCUGGAGCCAGAGGAGGAGGAAAACCUUCUCUCUCCUGGUGGCCUCUGUGCUUGCCUUUGCCCUCUGCUGGCUGCCCCUGCAGGUGCUGAACCUGCUGCUGGACCUGGACCCAGACUACCACAUCGUGGACAAGCGCUAUGUCAACGUGCUGCAGGUGUGCUGCCACCUGGUGGCCAUGAGCUCCGCCUGCUACAACCCCUUCAUCUACGCCUCCCUGCACAGCAAGAUAUGGCUGCACCUCAAGGGCUACCUGUGCCCUUGCCGCCGCCAGGGGCCUCCAGGGGGCCAGCUCCUCUCCCGCUGCACCUCCCGGAACCCGGCCACCUGCCUCAGCCUGCUCUCUGAGGUCCCCGCCCCCGGCAAGGAGACCCCGGGGGCCGCCGGUCGAGAGUCCGACAGCACCCUCUGAGAACAUCAGGAACCACAGUAUGGUUUAUAGAUAGGGUUCAAAGGUCAUAUGCCAUAGCAGCAGCCAUUACAUAUAUCUCAUACACGCAGUUAGA